CUUAGGCAAAGUGAAAGUAAAGCCGGGUUUAUUGUUAGACCAAGCAGGUUGCGCGCACUCAUUGCGGGUACUGUAUAGAAGGUGAGAAGAUAUGCGCAACUGUUGAUGUACACUCAGAGACUGGGAGUUCAUCGCACAGAUAAUAUACAGCAGGGGUGCAGAGGACUUGAGCAUCACCCAGUGAGGCUGGCCCAGCAGGUGCCAAGAUGCAGGACGUCAGUCAGGACCCGUUUCUCUGUUUGGGAGAUCUACCAGAUGAUUUAUCGGAAUUCCUGAAUGAUGAUUACCUUGGGAAGUUUGUGGACACAGGAGUGCUCUUUGACGAUCCCUGUCUCAACUGUGAGGAAGAACUCAUCACCUGCUGUGAUCUUCCCCCGCCAAUGGAGCUGCCCGGCUUCGACAGUCUUCAGCAGAUACAGGAGGACAAAGUUACAAGCACAACAAACACCAGGAGAAAAAGAUCCAGAGCUUCCCGAUCACAGCCAUGCACUGAUGAGAACACACCAUCUAGGCCGAAAAGGCAGAAAAGAGCAGGUCGACCAAAAACCGAAGAGCCACAGGCUGAGCUGACUGUCACUCAAGACACUGACACAGGGUCAGAGCUGAGUUCACCAGAGACGGCGGCCCCCCCAUCCACUCCCCCAAGAAUCCUUCAUCUCCAUCCCUCCAUUCAGUUCAUCACCAUCCCAGACAAUCCGGGAUAUCAGGUUGUUCAGACACUGAGUCUCUCUCCUCCAGUUAUUACACUUCCACUCCCCAACACAGCUGCUGCGCCUACUUACAUUUUAGUUCCUGCUGCUUCACCACCCUUCAAACGCCAAGUGCCACCCCUCUCCCCGAUUGACGGUGCAGUUGCGCCAGUCCAGAUGAGUUCAUCCCCAUUAGGAUCUCUGUCGGAAACCGCUAGCAAAGCCAUGUCUCCCACUUGUGCCUCACCCCAGUCUCCUAGCAUUGAGACGUCUGCAUGUAAGGAGUCACCCCUUCCUCAGUCUCCCACUGUCAUUGACAUUCCACAAGGUGCAAAGGACUACAUCCAGGAAGCCAAAACCCAUAUGAGUCAAACCUGCCAGGAUAUGGAGGCAGGCCUUAGCCUGACCUCUCAUUACGUGGAUGUGCCAGUGAGCCAGAGAGAGACUCGCUCUGGAAAAAGCACAAACAAAACCCUGGAUAAGGAGCUUAUCAUCAUGGGAGACACUGAUCGGCAAAAUACCUUGUUGGGGCUGAGUCAGAUCUUCGAAGGCUCAAAUGGAGACAAACCCAAACGCUACAUAGUGCUACUCGGCAAUGCUGGUAUGGGAAAAACCACCCUGAUCAGGAAGCUGUGUCUCGACUGGUCCAGGGACUGCAUCCCACAGUUUGACUUUGUCUUCUUAUUAGACGGAAAAUCGCUCUCUUUAACAGAGGCGACCUUUAGCCUUAAGACCCUCCUCCUAAACCUCUCCUCCUUUGCUCCUUCCUGCAUGGACCCCGAGGCAGUGUACGCUCAGAUCCUCGCAGCCCCUAAGCGCGUGCUGAUCAUUUUUGAUGGGUUUGGUGAGUUGCGGGACUUUGAAACUCUUCUCCAGACUCAGGAAAAAGACAUUAUAGCAUCAUUGCAGAAAGACAGUAAAGCACAGAACUUCACAGUAAGACAUUUAUACUCUGGCAUCCUUCAGAGGAUCCUCCUUCCAGGCUGCACUCUUCUACUCUCGACGCGACCAAAAGGCACUGCCACCCAGCUACUCCGGCGGACAGACAGCAUUUUGGAGGUGUGUGGCUUCAAUCCCACAGACGUAGAGACAUAUUUGUCUCAGUACUUCACUGAUCCUGACCUCAGAGCAUCUGCUUUGGACAGCUUAAAAAAUUGCAGCUAUCUCCACCUCCUCUGCUGGAACCCUGGACUGUGUCGGUUAGUCUGCUUGGUUUUAGAACAGUGCAAAAGUUCAGAGGACCUCCCGAGAACUUUAACUGGACUCUGCCAUCAAAUGCUUCGUCUGAUAAUGGAAAUGGACAGAAAGAGCAUGCACUCACAGGCUAAAUCUCAGUCAGAAACAUCUAUGCAAACAGAAGAAGAAGCCCAGACAGAAAUCUCAAGUAGUUCUCAAACAAAAACGCAGCACAAAAACACUCGGAGAAAGUCCAGAGCACAAGUUCGCCCUGGCUCGCACACCCAACGAGCAAGGAGGACAAAAAAACAGGACAAAGAGGAAGAUGAUGGCGAUGGGGAGGGGAUGAGGAGUGCUGGAGAGGAAGCAGACAGAACAGAGGAGAAAGAGUUGCUGUCCCAGCUGAGUUCUUUGGCCUGGGAGUCAGUCAAAGCAAACACCUGCACCCUCCCCACAGGACGAACCAUAUCAGCCAAACUCAAGGCGUUUGGCCACAGGACAGGGCUUUUCUUCUCUUGCCACCUGAGGGCAGGGCAGGUUGUCCCAAGUGGUGAGACAGAGGGAGGGGGAAGAGAGGAUAGUGAAGAAAUGGGAACUGGAAAGAAAGGAAAAAAGGGGACAGUCACUGAACAUGCUGACACUAGUGAUGACAACAUCCUGUUGUGGGCCAAUCCUUUUCUUCAGAGUUACCUGGCAGGGGUGCACUUGUCUCUAUCAAGGACUAUAACAGACCGUGCCUUUCAUCCAACCCUCCCUUUCCAGUCAGGCCAGAAGGGACGUCGGAGACCCCAAAGGGAGGAGCUUGAGCUCACUCAGCGAUUUGCAGUCGGACUCCUGUUCCACGACAGAACAGAGCUGCAGAGGCUUCACUCACACACAGAGAAAACCUUCAGAGAUAUGGUCGCCGCCAAGCAGGCUUUAGUAACAAAACACCUUGAGGGUCUUUCCUACAGUGACCUGAGCCCCGCCCAGGUCCUGGAGGCGUGUCACUAUGUGUAUGAGGCGAACUCCACGCAUGGUGAUGGUAACAGAGACAGUGGCAGCACACAAUUAGUUGCCCACCUGGCAGCAAAUCUUCCGGAGGUUCUGACAUUUCGUGGAGUUCCACUUAAGCCGUCGGACGUGUUCGCUGUGCAGCAUGUUCUCGAAAAGAGUGGAACUGAAGGUAGAAGGUUCUGUUUGGAUCUGGAGGAUUCGGGGAUACAGAUUUCUGGACUCAGAGCUCUCGUUGGGCUCAACAACAUCAACACAUACAGGGCAUGCAUUGCUGAUGUCAUCACCUUAUGGGAGCAGUUAGAGCAGAGUGGUGAAGAAGGUCUCCUACAGGGGACGGUGUCCAAAUUCAAGAUCCACCCUCUGAAAGCCACACAGGUGUGUCACAUAGAGCACCUGGCAAAGCUGGUGAACAUACAUGUGCACAAGAGGCUGUCAGACAGUUCCAGCCAAUCAGAUUCAAUCCUGGCAGAGGGAAUACCAGCCGUCAAAGAGCUACGCAAGCUGGAGUUUGAGCUUGGUCCAGAGAAAGGUCCACUUGCUCUUCUCAAGCUGUGGGGGCUCCUGCCUGGUCUACAAAACCUCCAGCACUUAGAUCUGGAAAACAGUAAGAUAGGUGACAAAGGAGCAGAGAAACUGGCCGAUGCUUUAGUCUCACUCUGUUCCCUGGAGAUACUCAAUGUGUCACAGAACUGUAUUGGAGAUCAGGGGAUGAACAGACUGGCAACCACACUGAGGGAUCUGCCCAAACUGCACUGUUUAAGCCUCUACAGUAACGUGAUUUCUGAUGAAGGGGCAGAGAGUUUAGCAGCUGUCCUCCCACACAUGGCUUCGCUCACUGACCUGGAUGUGAAGUACAACAAGCUAACAGACGUUGGCGCACAAAGCUUGGCAGCCAGUCUGAGAAACUGCAAGAAAAUGAAAACACUGAGGAUGUGGAACCAGUGUAUUCCAUACGGAGUGUUUGAGAGGCUUCAACACCAGGACAGCCGGAUCCAGUCCUGGCAGUAGAGCCACAUGAAACCUCCUUACCAAAAUGAACUUUUUAUCAUGCGUCUCAAACAUACAUGUUUACACUACACAAUACAUUUUCUAAAACAUUUAUGUUGAAGAAAAGGGAACAAAGUGAAAGCGUGAGAAAGUGAAAGUGCACUAAAAGAAACUAAAAAUGAAGUUCUUUGCUGCUUUAGUCAACAUUUGAUCUUGCCAGAUUCUUCCAAAGAUCCCACUCAGUGCCACAGGGGGAGUAAUUCAUCCUUCAGCAUUACACAGUGCUGCAUGUGUGCAUUGUGUGAGUGUAUUGUAAUUCUUGGUACAAUUUCAAGAAGCUCAUUUGCACUAUGAUAUGUGACUUCAUGUUGGUUGGUCUUUUUGUUACGCUGUUUUUAUCAAAUGUCUGCUACCAUGUGUUGUUUCUGUGACAUGAACAGUAUUUUUGUUUGCACUUCUCUCUGUUGGCUGUAAAUGAAACAUUGCUUAACAAUCACCUGGCACUUUAUUUUACAUAAAAUGUCUCAUCUUGUCACCAGA